AUGAUUAAAGAGAAGGCAUUCCAAGCUCUCGACUAUGACUGCCAUGUGCAGCAACAGGACAUCCCACAGGCCAUACAGCUGCUCGGUGAAAUGAACAGCAAUGUGAAACAGGUCACCGAUCUGGUGGAAAGCAUGCUGCAGCGCGUAAAACGUGGCGAACUAACCACAGAAUAUGGCCUGAGUUUUCUCGAAGUCAAAUAUCACAUGCUGCUCGACUAUUUGAUAAAUCUCACUUAUGUCGUGUUGCGCAAAUGCUCCGGCGAAACCAUCGAAGGAGAUCCAUCCAUUGAGCGACUCAUUGAAAUACGCACAGUUUUGGAGAAAAUACGACCCAUCGACCACAAGCUACGCUAUCAGAUCGAUAAGUUGGUGAAGACAGCCACCACGGGUGUGUCGAGUAGUUCCGAUCCAAUUUUGUAUAAGCCUAAUCCUGAUAAUAUGCUCACAAAUGCCGGCGGUGAAGACGAUGCUGAUGAUGAUGAGGAUGCAUCUGAGAAUUCGGAUUCGGAAAGUGAUGGCGACGAUGAGGAGGGCGAGACUGGUGUGAAGAAACCCAAAAAAGGCGCCACAGCGGGUAAAUCUGGUAUUUAUGUGCCGCCCAAAAUUAAGCCAGUCUACUAUGAUGGCGAUGAGAAAACUGUUGAUAAGGAUAAGAAGAUGAUUGAACGUGCCAAGAAGCGGGCGAUUACCGCUUCAAUGCUGCAAGAUUUGAAGGAGGAGUAUCUCGAUGCACCAACGGAAUUGUCGUCUGGCUCACGCGCUCAACAGCUGCUCUCCAAGCAACAAAAAGAGAAACAGGAAUAUGAGGAAACCUAUUUGACACGCCUGCCGGUGACCAAAGCGGAAAAGCAUCGUCAACGCAAGUUGACCACGCUGGCCACUCUCGGCGAUGAGAUACUCGGCGAAAUCAGCCGCGAUCCGGCGUUACGUGGCGAAGGUUCGAGCGGUGGCAGUAAAAAACGCAAAUUGAAGGGCAAAGGAAAAAAGCGUGGCGGUAAAAAGCGGAAGUUCCAUUAAAGAAAUUGAAACAAAAUAAAAAAAAUACAAUCGCAUGCGAUAAUUACAAAAUAUAUAUUGAACGACAAGUAUAAACUUAAGCAAGCAAAAACAAAAAAAAAAAAAACAAAAAAUUAAUAAAAACAACAAAACAAAAUAAGUAGUAUCCAAAAGAAAA